CUCCGCUCCGUGUUUUGCUCUGCCCUCCCUCGGUCUCCGAGCAUCGUGUCUCCGCUGCGUCUCUCUUCCCUCACACACACCGACACCAGCACACGGGGCUCCUCUCGCCCUCUCUCUCCCCCCCCCUCUCUCUCUCUCUGUCUGCGCGCGUGUGUGUGUGUGCGGGAGAAGUUGCUGGCACACGGAGCACCAGGUAGCGUCUGCGCUCCUCUCGUGGAUUUCUCUCCAGGCGGACAGAGGGCAGGCGGACUCCCUGCGCUCUCUGUGUGUUUUUCUUUUUCUUUUUUAUUUCUAAGGGGAACAUACGAAGCUUUGGACGAUGACGUGGACCUACCAGGACGCAAAGUGAGGAGUGAUUAUUAUCUUUUAUUUCAAAUGAACAUCUGACAUCGCGCCCGGUGGAGACGUCCUCCCCGUCGCACAUCUGGAUUUCUUCUUCUGCUUCUUCCUCUUCUUUUGAUUUCAUUGUAACGGAGCCGCACCAUCGAGGAUUCCACCGAUGUGUGCGAUGUGGAAACUGCAAGUCGCCUUAUGUACUGUGCCGAUGCUGCUGCUGUCCCUGUCAUGCGCCGGCGAGAGCAAAGCGCGGAGCUGUAGCGAGGUGAGACAAGCUUACAACGCCAAAGGCUUCAGCCUCGUCAAUGUGCCUCAUCAGGAGAUAUCAGGUGAGCACCUGCGUGUCUGUCCUCAGGGAUACACCUGCUGCACGUCCGAGAUGGAGGACAAACUCAACCAGCAGAGCAAACAGGAGUUCGAGAACUUGGUGGACGUGAGCAGCCACCAAAUAAGGACGACGUUUGUCUCCAGGCACAAAAAGUUUGACGAGUUUUUCUUGGAGCUCCUGGACAAUUCGGAGAAGUCCCUCCACAGUAUGUUCAAGCGGACGUACGGGAAGCUGUACAUGCAGAACUCGGACGUGUUCCAGGACCUGUUCACCGAGCUGAAGCGCUACUACACGGGAGGCAACGUCAACCUGGAGGAGAUGCUGAACGACUUCUGGGCCCGGCUGCUGGAGCGCAUGUUCCAGCUGCUCAACUCCCAGUACCACUUCACAGACGACUACCUGGAGUGCGUCAGCAAGUACACGGAUCAGCUGAAGCCCUUUGGGGAUGUGCCUCGGAAGCUGAAGGCCCAGGUCACCAGGGCCUUCAUCGCUGCACGGACGUUCGUGCAGGGCCUCAUGGUCGGCCGGGAAGUCGCCAACAGGGUCGCCAAGGUGAAUGUCGCUCCUGCAUGUGUCAGAGCCUUGACCAAGAUGCUGUACUGUCCCUACUGCCGCGGCUUGCCCGGGCUGAAACCCUGUCACAACUACUGUCACAACGUUAUGAGGGGCUGUCUGGCCAACCAGGCCGACCUCGAUCCUGAAUGGAACCUCUUUAUCGAUGCUAUGUUACUGGUGGCAGACAGACUGGACGGACCCUUCAACAUCGAAGAAGCCAUUGAUCCAAUCGACAUCAAGAUCUCUGACGCUAUCAUGACCAUGCAAGACAACAGCAUGACGGUGUCCGCCAAGGUUUUUCAAGGGUGUGGCCAACCAAAGCCAUCGGGAAUGGGCCGGUCUGCACGCGGCAUCUCAGAUGUGUUCAACGCUCGUUUCAGACCCUACACCCGCGAGGAGAGGCCGACCACAGCAGCCGGAACAAGCCUGGAUAGACUGGUGACUGACAUCAAAGAGAGGCUGAAGGAGUCCAGGAGGUUCUGGUCCAACCUGCCCGAUGACAUCUGCGCCAAGGGCAAACUCACGGAAUCGGACGACGAGCAGUGCUGGAACAGCCACACGAAGGGCAGAUAUUUCCCUGAAGUGGUGAAGGAGGGUCUAACCAACCAAUUGAACAACCCUGAGGUAGACGUGGAUAUCACCAGGCCCGACACACUGAUUCGACAGCAGAUCAUGGCUCUGCGGGUCAUGACCAACAAGCUGAAGAACGCAUAUAAUGGAAAUGACAUCUACUUCCAGGACUCCAGUGACGAGGGCAGCAGCUCCGGCAGCGGCAGCGGCUGCUCCGACGGCUGCACGACGGAUUUUGUAUUUGUGGGAACCGAGGCUCCCGUGAUCGGAGCCGACCGGAGCGACGGGCGCGCGGCAGCAGCAGCCGAGGGCAAGUCGCUCUGCUGCGGACCCUCCGUGCUCCUGGUGAUGGCCGCCCUCACGCUUUGGGCGCUGCAGACUCAAUGGAGAUAAUACUCGGGCGCGGCCUGAUCACUGACUCCUCUACUGUAUACGUACAGUAUGUUUAACAGCAAGUUCUACUGCUGUUCCCUCACUGGACGUGUAGAGCCUCCUGGAACCCUGUGGAGAACGGCUGACUGUGUGGUAGGACUGGAAGUGAGUGCAGUGCUGCAUCCUGCUCGUCUCCCAAAGAAUGCUGAUCACUGAACCAGCUUUCUCAUCUCUUAAAAAAAAACCUGAUCAGAAAAUGUGCUGUUUUUUCAUCAUUCCGGAAAGGAUUUUGAAAAACACGCAUCUCUUUCAGAAGGUCACACCAUCUCAAGACUUUCAGAUAAAGGGGAAUCUAUUUUUCUUUGUGUGAUGAAGUCGUGAAAACAAGUCACCCACGUUAUCCUGUUAGUCUUCCCCCCCUCAGACGAAAGGAUAAAGUCUUACUGUGUGUGCAUGCAUGGAAACAAUGUUAACUGACAACAUGUUUUUUUUUUGAUUUUCUUUAACGCAGGCUUUGGAUUGGUUGGUUCAGAGCUGGCAGUUCACCUGGUUUCUGUUCGGUCGUAUCAGUGCAGCGUCAGGAAGCAGCAGUUCUUACAGCCACUUUAUAGUUGCACAUUUAAUUGUCUCUGAGAAAGUGCUCAUGUACGGCACCGGGAGAACUACUUUGCACAGAUUAUUUUUGUUGGCUUCAUAAGUUUAUAUAGCUCCAGGAAACAUUCAGCCCAUAGAGAAAGAAGAUCUAUAUUUUCAGGUCAUUUUACUGAUUGUAUUGUACUUUAACAGUUGCAGUAUGUAUUUUACAGGAAGGUACUGUAUGUAAUCUUACUGGUUUAGUUAAUGGCAACGUUUUUAUAAAUGUAUUAUUUGUUUUUAGAAGUUAUUCGAUCAACGUAAUUGAAGGUUUUUCGUGGCAACAGCAAGUCGUAAUGUUUCUCUUGCCUGCAAACAUUAAGUUACCUGAUUUAAACUCCUCUGUUCGGGUGUUAAACAUUCGUUUUUUAAUUCCCAGAGUAUAUUAAUAAUCUUAGGUAUUUGAAAAUGAAAUACUUGGCUUCAUGGAAAUUAUUUAUGAUUUAUUUCCCAUGUUUUUCACAUGCAGUUCUCUGACUGCUCUGCUGGUUGUGCCCCCCACGUCUUAUGAAGCAGCACAUGGAAAUUGCAUGUUCCUGCUCAUGUCCAUGUUCUGGUUAAUGAGAACAGACCCACCAGCCCGACAGGCUACAGGUUGUAGAAGUGGUCAUGUACAAAGUCACCAACUGGAAAAGAGGCGGGGUGCCGAGGGUACAGGGCUCUGACUGUGCUCUUAGAAUUAGUGUUACUAUUCAUAACCUCCUUUUUAUCUCUGACUGGCUUUGACCUCUAACAGGCUCUGGAGGCUCCCUGUGCAUAAGCCCACAGCUUUACGCUGCAGCAACACAACCCAAUGGCAUUGACCCCUGGUCACUCAUAAAAGGCAGGAUCCAGAAAAGUUGCAGGCAUCCUACAGAAACAAACUGAGGGCAAAUGUGUGUGUGGAGACAAAGCCGUCAGCUCAUAAGCACCUGAAAUGCUCCUGAUAAUUUCAGAUGGCCCUCAAGUAAGUGUAUUGUCUCAACGGGGACCCUCACACACCCCACUGCCCUGAUGGAUCACCAGCUGAUUUGAGCACCUCUGAAGAGAUCAGGCAUUUCACGUUGCAAAGUGACACUCGUUUUCCCGCUCUGAUGAAAGCAUGAGGGAAGAGAGGAAAGUAACACACAGUGGCACCUUCCCUCUAAGACCUGAAAGAGCUAUCAGAAGUUCUAAGGCACAACUAAAAGGUGCAGAUGAACUGUCGUCCCUCAGUGGUCUCUCAGACAACUAGCUUUGACAGAUUGCUAAAGCCUUUGGCACCGUUAGGGAAGUCUCUUCUCAGCGGGCUCAUAUGGCUCAGAAGAGGGACCCCAAGAGAGAAAGCUAUCACCACAGGAAUCCCUCUGCAGAACAGUUGACCUGCGUCACCUCCCUCCCAGCAGGAAACCGCUGCCACCCACCAAUCCCAGCAUGAUUAAAUGAAACCACUGAUGCAUACACCCUAAUUGUGUACCACGACAGCACCGUGUAAAAAGUGAACAGAUCCACGAAAAGGUCGUCCGACAUCAAACUUUCCAAUUUAGUGAAACACAUUUGAUCCAUCCCCCUGGUUUUGUGCACAUUUUCAAUUUGCACAAAAAAUUAUGUCAAGAUAAACACAUUAUGUAAAUUGUAAUGGAAACAGACCAAUCACAAUCAAAUAUAUAAAGCAUGUGACUAACACAUCCAGUAAAGACACACAAAGGGCAGCAGACUUGAACAUCUUGGAGCCACUUGUGAUUUUCACUUCCCUCUUAUUAGUGCAAAUAUAAAAAAACAUAUAUCCCUCUCUUUGUUCUUGACCGUUUUCCCCCAUUUGAAGCUUGACUGCAGCUUCUUUAAUUAGUCCAGCUCUUCUGCAACAGGUUGAAGAGACACGAGUGGAGAUCUAGUGUCUAACUGCUUAUUUUUUACAUAACAUUAACAGAAGGAAAGUUGGCGUUUUCUAUUGCUAAUUUCGUGGGAAUUCAUUUAAAAGCUGCAUUUGAUUGACUAGAGAAGGACCAAAACACAACCUGACAUCUAACAUCAAAAUAUCAGUCACUGGCAAAGAGGACACCAGGCCAGCAGUAAUAACAUAAUAAAGAGAUCAUUCAGACAACGUGCAGUCCAGGUAGACUGGAGCAAGACAAGUGGAUCCUAGCCUGGGAACAGAGAUAUUCAUCAGCAAAGCCACAGAGAAAUGGUCACCAGUGGAGGAGUCUGAGACUUUCCACCACCGGGUCAACAUCAUUAGUUGAGGGCAGGAAGGAGCUAAGAGUGUAGAGGAAGCUGAGAUCCAACCAAAGACAUGAGCUGUUUUUUUAAUAAUCGUAUGCAUCUCAUUGGUCGUGUUGCUGUUUUAGUCACAACUGGAAAUUUGUAGGUUAGAAAGCAAUGAGCAUUUUGAAGAUGUGGGUCAGUGAAUGCAUUCUAAAAAAGCACAUGCAAAUGUUCAGUGCAUUCUGCAGGGGUGACCGUGCAAGCAAGCCUGUUGAGCCUUUUCUAGGUCAAAGCCUGCAUGAGAGAGAACCGGGGGGGGCAAUGAAAACCAAACACACAUGAUCCCAGUUCACCCAACUCUGAAUAUCUAAAAUGCAGUUUUUUCUAAUGUUCAUGCAGAUGUUCGGUGGGUCCCACUCUCAGUUCACUUUUCCUCUUGGAUAUCUUAGUUUGCUCGUGUGUAAUCUGGUGCAAACCAUCGGAUCACCCGUCUCAGUGGGUCAGAGAGAUGAGUCAGACGGCUGGUAGUUAGUCUGAGUGGACAUGCAGCAGUAACCAUUCAUAAUUUACUGAAUUUUGAAUAAAUUAUUAUUAAAGUAAUUAGCUGUCAGGCCGGAUGUGCAGCAGCAGUCCUCCCGGUCUGUUAGGACUAAGCCACCCACGGGUCCCGCGGAGCAGUGGAGGAGGUUUCAUGUAAAAAAUGAUGGCGUGUGAAACGGGGCCGUGGGAGCUCGUGAAACUCAGACUGAUAUUAAAAUUAUAGCUUCAGAUUUUUACAUUUCUCUCUCGAUACCGAAUGUUCUGACUUUUACGAUUUAACUCCCAUCUAGACUCAGUAGUGCAGUGAUGAGAGCUGCAUUCAGUUGAUAUUUGUGCUUUGGCGAAUCUUUAAUUGGUAAAUGAAAUAACUACACAGCAUACGACAGGAGGUGGAAAGUGAAAAUAUUUUGGGAGCAGAUAUUUCGGAGUCGGGGGGGGGGAGUGUAGCAGAGCAAUCGGUACAGAGUGUUUUCGGUGGCGAGGCAGGAAGUUCGACUCGUGGCUUCAGGUGCUGCCUCCUCAGUGAAGCUUGGUGACUAAGUUUGUCAAAUUUUUUAUAACUUUGCAUCUUCAGCCGCACAAAGGUCGAAUGCACCUGGAAAAACGUCCACGAGAUAUGUGAGAUUAGACAGAGUGAGGAUGACAUCCUGAUUAGUGUUCCUGAAAUAAAGCUUCGGAAGUGAGUCAAGAAAAGAACUGUUACAGACGCCGGUCACAUUUUUUUCCAGAGCACUGGUAUCAUUACAGUCUUCUCCAAUUACGCCGAGAGGUACGUUUGUCUUUUCCCCUCUGCCUGUGUAUUCCUCUGAUUCCUAACGAGCUGUGUUACCUUGUUCAGAGUUCUUCAACACUUUUCUUAAUUUGUCUUUUUUUUCCGGUUCAUUUUCUUUCUCAUUAUUUCUCUGGCAUUUAAAAAGCUGAAAAAUUACGUAAAAUUGUGGUCGGCUGAUGUUUUAUACCGAAUGUUUAAAACAAAAUGUGUUAUGCAAGGUCUUUUCCAUUUUGAUGUAAAUCAUUUGUUGCACUUCUGCUGAAACAAACUGUUUGCUGUGAGUGUGGUACUGUUGUGAUUUGCAAAAUCCGAUAACAAAGGAGCACAUUAAGAUUUUGGAGCCGUCAGUGCACGCUGUUUAAAGUGUUCGGGGGGGGGACUGAAGUUGAUGGUUAUACAAGCAGACAUGCCUUACCAUUUUUUAAAAGACUAAAAUGGAUUGCUUAUUUGGCUUUUGUUACACAUUCUUGUAUACAGAAAAUAAUACAAAGUAAAAAAUAAACAUUUUAUUAAAAAAAUAACAACUCUC